UGUGGACGGUGCCGGGCGAAGCGCUCCACGGGCCGCGCGCAGCACCUGCCUCCCGUGCGGAGCCAGCAUGCCGGUCCGGAGGAAAGAUACCGACCGAGCUUUACAGCUGCUGGAAGAAUAUUGUAAAAAGCUAAAGAAACCAGAAGAGCAACAACUGAAAAAAGCCAUUAAAAAGGUGAUGGGCAUCUUUAAGAGCAGCUUAUUUCAGGCAUUACUCGAUAUUCAAGAGUUUUAUGAAGUGACUUUGCUAAACUCCCAGAAAAGCUACGAGCAAAAAAUAGAAGAAGCAAACCAAGUAGCAGAGAAAUGGGAGAAGACAAAAUCUUCUACUACAUGUCAUGAAAGUCUGCAGAGAAACCAUGAGUCUGCAGCUUCCAGUGGAUCAAAUGGUUCUGUAUUAUGUGAUGAACACAAUAAGGAGAACCAGUCUUUUGAAAAUCAUUCUGCCAACAUGAAGACAAAGCAGAGCCAUGGCAGAUGCCCAUCCCACAAAUGCUCUGUCGAAGCACCUGCCUGGAUGCCCAUUCAACACACUGCCAAAUAUCGCUAUCAAGAUGAAGAUGCUGCACAUGAUCAUACUUUACCUCGUUUAACCCAUGAAGUGAGAGGCCCUGAACUUGUUCAUGUGUCAGAAAAGAACUUAUCACAGAUAGAAAAUGUCCAUGGAUAUGUCUUGCAGUCUCACAUUUCUCCUUUGAAGGCUAGUCCUGCCCCUAUAAUUGUCAACACAGAUACCUUGGACACAAUCCCUUAUGUCAACGGAACAGAAAUUGAAUAUGAAUUUGAAGAAAUUACAUUGGAGAGGGGUAAUUCUGGCCUGGGGUUCAGCAUUGCUGGAGGAACAGACAACCCACACAUUGGGGAUGAUCCUGGGAUAUUUAUUACUAAGAUUAUACCAGGAGGAGCUGCAGCAGAGGAUGGAAGACUCAGGGUCAAUGAUUGUAUCUUGAGGGUGAAUGAGUUUGAUGUGUCAGAAGUCUCGCACAGCAAAGCAGUGGAGGCACUAAAAGAGGCUGGUUCCAUUGUGCGAUUGUAUGUUCGUCGAAGAAGACCUAUUCUGGAGACUGUUGUAGAGAUCAAGCUGUUCAAAGGCCCUAAGGGUCUGGGCUUCAGUAUUGCCGGCGGAGUAGGAAAUCAACAUAUUCCUGGAGACAACAGCAUUUAUGUUACUAAGAUUAUUGAUGGAGGAGCAGCCCAGAAAGAUGGAAGAUUGCAAGUUGGAGACAGACUUCUUAUGGUAAAUAAUUACAGUUUAGAAGAAGUAACACACGAAGAAGCAGUUGCGAUACUGAAGAACACAUCAGAUGUAGUUUAUCUAAAAGUUGGAAAGCCCACCACCAUUUACAUGACUGAUCCUUAUGGCCCACCAGAUAUUACACACUCUUAUUCUCCACCCAUGGAAAAUCAUAUACUCACUUCUGGCAACAAUGGCACUUUAGAGUACAAAGCGUCUUUGGCCCCUAUCUCACCAGGAAGAUACUCGCCCAUUCCAAAGCACAUGCUUGUGGAGGACGACUAUACCAGGCCUCCUGAACCUGUUUACAGCACUGUGAACAAACUGUGUGAUAAGCCACCUUCUCCUAGGCACUAUUCCCCUGUCGAAUGUGACAAAAGCUUCCUUCUUUCAGCUCCCUACCCCCACUACCACGUAGGCCUGCUCCCUGACUCUGAGAUCACCAGUCAUUCCCAGCACAGCACUGCAACGCGUCCACCCACAAUGAGCUUACAACGGACCAUUUCUGUGGAAGGAGAGCCUCGAAAAAUCAUCCUGCACAAAGGCUCCACAGGACUUGGUUUUAACAUUGUAGGAGGAGAAGAUGGGGAAGGCAUUUUCGUAUCUUUCAUCUUAGCAGGUGGGCCUGCCGAUCUCAGCGGAGAGCUACAGAGAGGAGAUCAAAUUUUAUCUGUGAAUGGUAUUGAUCUUCGAGGUGCUACCCAUGAGCAGGCUGCAGCUGCACUAAAAGGAGCAGGGCAGACGGUAACAAUCAUAGCACAAUAUCAGCCAGAAGAGUACGCUCGAUUUGAGGCAAAAAUCCAUGACCUGCGUGAGCAGAUGAUGAACCACAGCAUGAGUUCUGGGUCCGGCUCCCUGAGAACUAAUCAGAAGCGGUCACUCUAUGUCAGAGCCAUGUUUGACUAUGACAAGAGCAAAGACAGUGGCCUCCCAAGUCAAGGACUCAGUUUUAAAUAUGGAGACAUCCUCCAUGUUAUCAACGCUUCUGAUGAUGAGUGGUGGCAGGCGAGGAGGGUCACGCUGGAAGGAGACAGCGAGGAAAUGGGAGUCAUACCCAGCAAAAGGAGGGUUGAAAGAAAGGAGCGUGCUCGCUUGAAGACAGUGAAGUUUAAUGCAAAACCUGGUGUGAUUGAUGCAAAAGGGUCAUUCAAUGACAAGCGUAAAAAGAACUUCAUCUUUUCACGAAAAUUCCCAUUCUACAAGAGCAAGGAGCAGAGUGAGCAGGAAACAAGUGAUCCAGAACAACAUGUUUCUUCUAAUGCCAGCGAUAGCGAAAGUAGCUACCGGGGACAAGAAGACUGCAUUCUUUCUUAUGAACCUGUCACAAGACAGGAAAUUAAUUAUACUAGACCAGUUAUUAUUCUGGGUCCUAUGAAAGAUCGGAUCAACGAUGACUUGAUAUCUGAAUUCCCUGAUAAGUUUGGAUCGUGUGUACCACAUACUACAAGACCAAAGCGUGAUUAUGAAGUAGAUGGGAGAGAUUAUCAUUUUGUCACUUCAAGAGAACAAAUGGAAAAGGACAUCCAGGAGCACAAAUUUAUAGAAGCUGGGCAGUACAAUGAUAAUUUAUAUGGAACUAGUGUGCAGUCUGUGAGAUUUGUGGCAGAAAGGGGCAAGCACUGUAUACUUGAUGUAUCAGGAAAUGCUAUUAAGCGACUACAAGUUGCACAACUGUAUCCCAUUGCUAUCUUCAUUAAGCCUAAAUCUUGGGAACCGUUGAUGGAGAUGAAUAAACGUCUUACAGAGGAACAAGCCAAGAAAACCUACGAUCGUGCAAUUAAGUUAGAACAAGAAUUUGGAGAAUACUUUACAGCUAUUGUCCAAGGAGAUAGCCUAGAAGAUAUAUAUAAUCAAUGCAAACUUGUAAUUGAAGAACAAUCUGGGCCUUUCAUCUGGAUUCCUUCAAAGGAAAAAUUAUAAAUUAGUCACUUCACAUCUGAUAAUGAGAGAAGAAUAUUUAGAAGAAAACUAUACUAUACUAUUUGGAGGCUUUCCUGUUUUUGUUGCAUUUAUGUUCUUGCAGUCAAUGUGAAUUUUUAUGAAUGUACAACACAAAGUGUUUGAAGCCAUGAAGGACACUGAUGGGUCAAAAGGGUAGGAACAAAAAGACUUCUGCCCUAUAAAGCGAAUCUGUCAUGUGCUCAAAGCACCAGUUGUAGGUAUAAACUUUUGUUGUGGAGACCCUCUGUCAAGGGGAGCUAGCCACCUACUGUGCCCAAAAGGACAUUCUGAUCGAAUGGCUGAGCUCAGUAUGUUAGUAGUUGAUCGCUUUAAAGAGAAGUUCCCAGCUCUUCAACCUCAUAGAGGGUUUGAUCCUGCAAGGCUCUAAACACUUGACCCCAAUUCAUGUGUAUGUGAGUAGUCCCAUUGACUUGGACUCAUUUGCAAUCUUACUCUACGCUGCACGGUCACAUUGACUUCCAUAGGGCUACUCAUGGGCUUAAAGUUUAGCAUGGGUAUAAGUGUUUCGACAGAUUGGGGCCAAGUGCGCCUUGCAGGAUCAAGCCCAGACAACCUGAUCCAGUUGCUACUGAAGUCCGUGGACGGACUCCCAUUGACUUGACAAGGAGCUGGAUCUGGUCCUUAGCUUGUCAUUGCACAUCUGUAGUUGGUACACCUCGACUUUGGUAACUAUGCACAUCCUUUGAUUUCUGAAAACAAGACAAGCAUUUCCUUUUCUCCUCUAGAUACUCCGUGACAUCAGGAAACAAUAACCAUGUAGAUUAUGUUAAGGGAAUUUGGGGGUAGAAAGGGAAUGGAAGCAUUUCCCAUCGCGUGUAUGCACACACACACACACACACACACACACACACACACAGAGUAGGAUUCACAGUACCUAAACUGACAAGGAGGGAUACAGCUGGGAAAAGCUUUAAAAUUUUUGAUUGUCUAUUUUAUCAUUUAUACAGACAGAAGGCACUUAAAGAUGGAAUAAUUUAUAAAAUAAAAAAAUAUAUUGAUGUAUAGAAACUAAUUUCUAUAGGUGAAAAAAUGUUUUUGUGAGAUAUUUUGUAAAGAUUAAUUAAUGGAAAGAUUAAAUAUUUACACCCUUGUCUGGCUGUAAAAUGUAACGAGGACCCUCAAGUUGCAAUACCCCUUUUUGCAACAGAUUCUCUAGUAAUAUUGACAAACCAUCUGAUUUCUUAAAUUGUAGAUGUCAAUUUGUUUUUUGAAGGUUUUUUUUUUUCCUCAAUCUAAUCCUUCUCCUUUCUUUUAUUUAACCAUGAUGAACUCCUGUGGAAAGAACUCUUGAAUUGACUGCCGUAUAGGAUAGAUAUUUUUUUUCUUAAGUGUAAACAUGAAGCAUCUUUAAACCGAAGCUGAUUAUUUUUUCCAGAAGCAAAAUCUCAGUGACUCAAAUGCAGUUUAUGAUUUUCUCCUCUAAAGGGAACCAUAAGCUUCAUUUGAAAAUGUUUUAUAAUUGUUCCUGAUUCUUUAAGUGAAAUACAAAAAGCGCUUAUUCUUUUUUGCCAGUAGACCACAGAAUAAUUUGUAUCUUCAUUUCAUUUCCCAGUCAACAAGGGUUUCAAAAGAUGAUAUGGAGCAGUGGACCUUUGUGGGGGAUUUGGGGAAAAUCUGUGGAAUUUCAAUUUGGGGUACGUGGGGGUGGGGAGUUCAUGUUUUCUGUUUCACUGGGCCCUUCCGUUGUCUACUGAUGGCAUACUUCACUGUAGCAUACAAGGAAGAUUCUUAGAAAAUACAUGACGUUGUUAAACUGAAUCACCUUUGCUGCUGCUUGACCACGUUUUAUGGAAAACCUGCAGACUCCUGCCUAGUGCACUAUGGGAGUCUGACAUUUCUGAGCUGGUGGCUGCUUCAACCCUACCUUUUAAGACUAUUUUAUAGGCAAGCACUUAAGUUAUCUGAAUGAGCAAGGGAAUAUUCAGUUACUUGCCUGUUCAAGACUUACAUUGCUACACGCUGUUAACCUAUGACAAGUACCUCCAGCUGCCCUUGAGAUGAGCAGAUUAGCUGGAUGUUCCUAAUACAGCCAUCAGCAGUGACAGGGUUAAUAAUUAUGGAUACUUCAUGGGCUAUCACUAGGCUUCAUGGUUAAUGCCCAAUUAAGAUGAUUAUGAGAAGUUGUUGCUUCUUUUAAUUGCUAAUUUAUCUGCCUGGUCAGCAGACAACAGUGUAUCAGUAGAGUCUCCAAGUGAUCUUCAUAACCAGAAGGGCUAGACAUUUUUUUUAAAAGCUAACCGGAUAAAUGAAAGCUUAGUUUUUUGGAUACAUUUGCCGAAAUCCACACGAUGACCCCAGAUCUUUGGAAAUCAUGGGUUUUUCCAUGUCAGCAAAGUACCAUUGUCUCAAUUUAGGCUUUAGGCCAUCUAAACUGAAAACCAAGUAUCCUAAAGCAGAAACUUCCGUUCUAAUUCUCAGCUGUUUUUAAGCAAUCCAAUCUGCUUCUUUGUUUCUUAGUUCAGCAUGGAGCUUUUUAAGAUACUAUUAGUAAAUGUUUUGUUUUGUCAUGUGCUGUGCUUUCCAGUGAACAGUAACACUAUGGCUGAGUACAAUCAGUUCUCCAUCAGUCCUUGGUUACUGUAGUAACAUAAUUUAUUUUUCCCUGUCUGUUGUUUGUGCUUCCAGUUUAGAGUUGCCAUUGCACUUAUAUAUUUUUUUUUAAAUAAAACGUAUGUAUUUAAAAAAAAAAUCACCAAGAGAAGCAGUGAGAGGUCUUAUUUCUGUUAGGGCUUACGGCUCCAUUUGUCCUGUGUCUUGAUGUUUUGCAUUUCACAUUCUGACAUUCUUCAUGCUGCAGCUAAUUUUUGUAUCGCAGCCACAUUCAAAGUCAUAUUGGGUGGUAAAGGGGGAAGAGAAUUCUGACAUUAACUUAAAGUGGCAUCUGGUGCAAAAAAAAAUAUCCAAACCUUCACCAUUUGGCACUUCAGACCAUAUUGGUGCUAACACCAUUAAGCAUAAUCAGAUUCUCACUCUAUCCAUGUAAAGGACUUGCAGGUGUCUAGACAUGAGACAACAUGCAAAGGCUGGACCCUUUAGGGAAAGUGCCAGAUCAUAUCACUGGUGCUAUUUCAUAUGUUCUGGCACAACGUGUAGCACCAUAGGGUCUAAGUUGAACCAAAAAAUAUCAUGGCUUGCUGUCCACCCAUGAGUGAUCACUUUGACAUCUUACUCUCUUUGUGCAGAUUGGUGCAAUAUUUCAAACUAUUCAUUUCUCCUUCCUGCACAUCAUCUCCUGGGCACUGAGCUCUCUUAGUAUUUGCUAAUGGGGCUCAGUGACCCUUCACUCUGAGAGUCUAACUACCUAGUGCUAGAAUCACGAGCCAGUUUAAGAGCCUCUCCUCCUUGCUUAGCUCCCUCUUCCUACAGAUACAGAGGCACCCUGCCCAUGCUAGUGCUUUAUAAUUUCUUUGGUAUUCAAGGAUGUCUCUAAAUAAAUAUUCUGUAAUGUAACUGUGUUUGCAGCUAGCAUGGUUUAGUGCUCCAGUGUCGAUAGGGCCCUAGAAGCCACCCUGCAAAAGCCAGGGUUAAGAGAUCUCUCUGUUGCACUGAAAUUUCAAAUCCUCAUCCUGGAGAGCAGUGCUGAAUCUGAGCAAAUAAUAAUGGUGAGUCAUUGUUAGCUAACAUACCAGUGUCCUACUGAGUGAUCACUGUCCUGCUAUGAACAUGGUUUGUCUCCGGAGAGUUUGUUAGUGUCACACUGUCACUGCUCUAAAUACUUAUCAAAAUUCAGCUGAAUCACGUCUGUGGUUUUUCCCAUUAAAUCCACAAAAGGAUGAUUCAGCAUGUCACCAUCUAUGUAAGUAUUUAGAAAAAGCCUGAAGAACAGAAGUCUCUGUCCUCUUUUUAAAGGCUCAGAGUUAAAGCCAGCCUCUGUUUCCAUUGACAAAAGGCAGUCUUCAAUCAGUUGCCUCAUUUAAUUCCAUUGUUUUCUUUUAACCAUUCUUUAUGCAUGAGUUUCACUGUAUGACCACUUUCAUGCUGUUGCGCCCAUUUUUCGACUAAGUCAGUGUAUUCUCCAGUCCCAUAAGAUGUCAUCAGUUAGCUCAGAAGUAAUAAUUAGGUCAUCAUUAUAUUAAAGGAAGGGUAACGGUUCCCUUGAAGUAUGACAGGGCACAAACCGUCAUCAAAUUGGACAGUAAAUUAAACCUAAUUGCUAAGCAGUAAAUAUAUAAAAGUAGAUGAGUAAUAAGCUGGAUUCCCAGAUGGCAUAAACUGCUGUCACUGUGUUGGUUUCAGUGGCAUUCAUCCAGUGUACACCACCUUAAGUUAUAUAUAGCUAGCAUUUGCCCCUAGUUAAGCCAAUAUUUAGGAAAAAAACUCAAUUUAUAAAAGCGACUGGAUGGGAUUAAGGGCAAAGCUUUCAUGAGUGUUCAGUGCUCUCAGCUUGGGUCAUACUGUUACAGGAUCUCAGCUCCAACUUUGAUCUAUGCUUUUUUUUUCCAAUCUGCAUUACUGUGGUGCCUCCUAUAGUCAUGGACUGAGACCCCACUAACCUAGGUGCUAUGUAAACUGUCACCAGAGAUUCAGUCCAUGGCCAGAUAUUCAAAAGGAUGUAGCCCACUGAAAACAGUAGGAGCUACUGGGCACUGGACGUUUUUUGAGUCUGUCCCGAAAACAGUGAAAAUCAGACCAUACUAGUGUCCCUCACACUCAGCUAGUAAUGCGCAUGGUCUGACCCUCAGUAACAACAGCGAAGUAACAAUGAUGGCCUGAUAUAAGACUACGUAUGAGGGUAGGAUGCAUCACUAGCAAAAUGCUGGGAAAGAUCUAAAGAAACACUGCUGUUAAGUCCCAGCGGGAUAAUGAACUUUUAAUCCUUUUCGUUUCCGGAUUUGCGUUUCCUGAGUUGGAAUCAUCUAGUCUGAACUUUCGAGUGCAACCGGCUGUAUACAGUAGACUGCUUUUGUUUGACACGUUUGAUGAUGUGUUUCUCUUUAGCAGGAUGUUUCUCAAUCCAGCUGUAGUUUGGGGUACACUGAAUCGGAACUGGCGUUUACAAAAUACACGAUACAGCUUUCACUCCUGUUAAGUGUAAAUACUCUACGCGUCCAUUCCAUUUGUGUAAAGAAUAAAGCACACACGAUUAUAAAAUUAAGAUGUAUAUUUCAUA